AGGCUGGUGGUGAUGGUGGUUGUUUGGUGUUGUGGGCUGUAGGUUUUCCAGUGGAGAGGGGAAUGGGGUUGCUGGGUUCUGGUGGCCGGUGGGCAGUGGGGAUGGGGUGGUCAGGGAAGGAGGGUGGGGUUGGGUUCUGUUUUUUUUUUUAAUCCAAUAAAUAAUUGGCACGUGUACAAUGUGGGGCCCACUAACGGUUUUUUGGAUGGAAAACGUUAAUGGGUAGUGUUAUCCAAACUUUUUCAAACUUACAGGUAGUUCUAAACAAAUAAAAAAAAGGGUAAUUGUUCACAAAUAACCCUAUUUUACGGGUAGUUCUACACAAUUUUCCCUCAUUUCUAUUUCACCCAAAAAAAAAAUCGUCAUUUGUAUGUAAUAUUAAAAAGCAUAUUCUCUCUCCUUCUCUCUCUCCUCCCUCUUGUGUCUGCAUCCAUCUCUCGUCCUUUUCAUCUCUCCUCUUCUCUUCUGUUUCAACGUAAUUAAUUGGUUAAUGCUUUCAGAUUCUUCUGACCCUCUUCUCUUUUCCCCUUCACUAACUUCCUCCUCCCAAUUUCCACCCAAAAUUCAGUACAAAUUUAGCAAUACCCACCAAUUUUUGAUCGCAAAUCAUGGAUCUGUGGUCUGUUCAUGUCAAAUACAGUAACCCAACUCCCAUUUUUGCUCGAAAUUCAUUUCUUGAUAAACCCACUUCCUUUAAUUUUGCCAAGAAUUCACCAUUUUCAGUUGAAGAUUGUGGGCGUUUAUUUGAUAUCAGUAUUAAUUCAAAGCGCAAGCAUUCUUUUUCUUAUGGGUAUAAUACUAGUUCUUCCUUCAUUGUUCAAGCUAAGGGGAAGAAGAAUUCUGAUAAUUUUUCAUCUUCUUCAGGAAAUGGUGACCAUUCAAAAUCAGGGGGCAAUGGUUCCAAAGGAAAUAAUUCUGAUGGGAAGAAAUCAAAUAACAAUGCAAAUCAAAGGCCUCAGCAAAUAAUCCAAGACUGGAGAGAGUUUAGAGCUACACUCUUUGCUCGUGAGCAGGCAGAAUCAGUUGACUCCAGCAGUCAUGGCCAUGAUGGAUCACAUACAGAAUCAAAACCAUUAGGCAUGAAGUGGGCCCAUCCUAUUUCAGUGCCAGAAGCAGGCUCCGUUCUUGUUGCCACAGAAAAGCUAGACGGUGUUCGUACUUUUGAGAGAACUGUGGUUCUCCUCCUCAGAUCUGGGACUCGACACCCUCAAGAAGGCCCCUUUGGAGUUGUAAUCAACCGCCCUCUUCAUAAAAAGAUUAAGCACAUGAAGCCCAAUAAUCUUGAAUUAGCCACCACCUUUGCUGAUUGUUCAUUGCAUUUUGGUGGGCCCCUUGAAGCAAGCAUGUUCCUGUUAAAAACAGGGGAAAAACCUAAGAUUCCUGGAUUUGAAGAGGUGAUCCCUGGCCUGUGUUUUGGUGCUAAAAAUAGUUUGGAUGAAGCAAUGGGAUUGGUGAAAAAAGGUGUGCUUAAGCCCCAUGACUUCCAAUUUUUUGUUGGAUAUGCUGGGUGGCAACUUGAUCAAUUGCGGGAAGAAAUUGAUUCUAAGUAUUGGCAUGUGGCUGCAUGCAGCACAAACUUGUUGUUCGGCAGUUCACUUGAUUCAUCAGAAGGUUUGUGGGAAGAGAUUUUACAAUUGAUGGGCGGUCAGUACUCAGAGCUCAGUCGAAAGCCUAAGCAAGAUCUGUAAUUGUACUUUCUUUACGGUGCAGGAACUUAUAUAGUUAGUAAUAAGCUUGUGGUGGAAUAUGAAUUAGUACGAAAGUUUGUAUGUUGAAGUGUUGAACUGAAUGUACAUAGAAGGUUGGAGAAUGCUUCAAAUAGUAGAUUGUGCUUUUCAGGUACUUGUAUGUAGUUAUACUGCAUCAUCUUUAAUGCCAACUGCAGAUUGGUGAAAAAUUUUAGACUCAUUAUCUAUAGAGAAAUUUUGCCCGAACCA